AGCAGUGGAACCAAACAGACGUGGUCGAUUUCAAUCUGCUUUAUGCUGUUGUUUACGAUGCAGACUGAUUACACCGAGAACAUUUUUCUCUUUUUAUCUCUAAAGCCAAAACACAUCUGACCAUGGACGCUGUUGCUGUCCUCUUGUGUCCCUUCCCCAUAACGGAUUGUUGAAACCACCGGCGUUUAUUUGUGCAAUGAAGCCGGCAUUAGAUGAAUGUUCCCGACUGGCAGGCUUUGAUUUGCAUUGAGUUAGUGUAACUCUGUUAACAGGAAUACAGCCGCUGCCUGAUUGAUCAUCCGCUGCAGCAAAACAUAAUAAAGGCUCCGUUCACAUGCUGGGAAAACAUCCCUGUUCUCUUGUAUUGCUGUUAAAGUACUCGCUUGCCAUUCAAACAGUCAGUUAGAGCAACAGAAACCUGGACAGAUGUCCGUUUGCACCACGCCGCAUGCAUUAAAUAUGAAUUAUAUUGAGAUUGAAAUGAAAGGAUACCUGUCACAGGUCAGUGAUGUUGUGUCCCGUGUCCACUGUCAAACAGCCCAGUGGUUACCGUUGCUGAGUCGAUGUUGUGCGUUUAUGUCCAGUGUGGACCUCCCUGUCACACACACACACACACACACACACACACACAUAUACACAACCCUCAGCGUCUCCUGUAACUGGACCGCAGACGUGGGGUGGAGGGCUGUGACAGAAAUAAACACGUGAUGACGCCCGUGCCACUGCUCAGUCCCACCGACUACGAUUCUCACACACACACACACACACACACACACACGUAUACUACGUGCAUAUUCUACCUCAGCUCGCCGUCGUCGUAGGGAACCCAGCAGCGUACGGUGUGGACAUGGCAGGGCUGCUGUGUGGGACCAAGAGGAAGAAACAAGUGAGUGAUCUCCGUGAGGAGGGGAAGAAUGCCAUCAACGCUCCCAUGCUUCCCACGGGGACAGACAUCCACCCAGAGGACACACUGCUGGAGGAAAAUGCUGAGAGGAUCAUGUUGGACCCAACGUCGCGGGAAAAUCUUAAAUUUAAAGAUCUGCUGAAGGUCCUGAUUGACUGGAUCAACAGUGAGCUGGAGGAAGAUCGGAUCAUCGUCAAAGACCUGGAGGAGGACUGUUAUGAUGGACAGGUGCUCCAGAAGUUAUUUGAAAAGUUGUCGGGCAGGAAGCUGAACGUGGCCGAGGUGACCCAGUCGGAGAUCGGCCAAAAGCAGAAGCUACAGACGGUUUUGGAGGCCGUCAACGAACUGCUGCGUCCUCACAGCUGGACUAUUGAGUGGAAUGUGGACUCUAUCCAUUCAAAGAACCUGGUGGCUAUUGUCUAUCUGCUGGUGGCUCUCGCGAUGCACUUCCAGGCUCCCAUCAGGCUGCCGGAGCACGUCUCUGUUAAGGUGGUGGUCGUCAAGAAACGAGAAGGAAUCCUGCAGACUGCUCUUGUGACCAAGGAGCUGACGAGCACCACCGAAAUGAUGAUGGGAAGGUUUGAGAGGGACGCAUUUGACACUUUGUUGGAUCACGCACCGGACAAGCUCAACGUGGUGAAAACGUCUCUCAUCACCUUCGUGAACAAACACCUGAACAAGCUGAACCUGGAAGUCACUGAGCUGGAAUCUCAGUUUGCUGAUGGUGUGUACCUGAUAUUGCUGAUGGGGCUGCUCGAGGACUACUUUGUCCCUCUGUACAACUUCUUCCUCACCCCUGAGAGCUUCGAGCAGAAGGUCCACAAUGUGGCGUUUGCCUUUGAGCUGAUGCAGGAUGGAGGCCUGAAGAAACCCAAAGCCAGACCAGAAGAUGUCGUCAACCUGAACCUAAAAUCCACCCUCAGAGUCCUCUACAACCUGUUCACCAACUACAAAAACUCUGACUGAGCGUUUCCUGUUUCACGCCCUGACAUCACUUCUGAAUGCGGCGCUGUUCCUUGGCUGAUAUUAUGCUUUACAGUCCGGACACUGGAGGAGACCAACUGGGACUGAAAGUCAUCAUUAUGUGGGACUUGUAAAGACCCGCAGGGAAGUAGCCUGAGAAUGGCUCUGAAUGUUAGUAUUUUAUCUUCUCCAAAUGUCAGUAUUUAUUUAUUCCUCCCUUGAAUGUUAAAUUCAACCCAGGAAACCCUGCGACCUUUAGCCUGCGUUUGAGUCCUCAGCCGUCACAAGAAUAAUGAAUGAGGAGGGCAGGAUGUUAAAACUGGAAAACAUGUCAGUGUUAACUCCAGAAUAUUUAAGAAAGAAAAAAAAACAUUGUUAUAUAUUAUAUAGUAUAAAAAAUUAAUUAGUGUCAAUAUUAAAAGAAUAGUUUUUGGAAAGACAUAUACUGCAUUUGCUUUCUUGCCAAGAGUUUGAUGAGGAGAUUAAUACCAAGCUCAUGUUUGAACGAUAAAUAUUAAACUAAUUUUAGAGCCGGCAGCUUGUUUUCUUAGCUUAGCAUAAAGACAGGAAACGGGGAAACUGCUCGCCACAAUCUGCGUAAAGCUCAUGUAACACAUUAUAUCCGUAGAAGUUUAUAUUGCUUUUAUUAAUAACUUUGGAAAACCUUUCAGGAUGGACAAUAAUAUAAAUACUAGAUAGAAAGGUAUAGGUGCCUUUAUUUUAUAAGGACAUCAGUGCCAUUAAACCUGUAGAUCGUUUCAACGGAAUUGCUAGGCAACAGCUUGGGUCCAUGUUUACUUCCCUUCAGUCACCUGAUGCCAUUCACAUACACCGGAGCAAGGAAUAUGCUUUUAUAGCACCGCAAAAGGAAAUGGCUCUUUUUUCAACGUUUAUUACCGAAAUGGUCUACAAAGUACAUUUAAAAAUGCUAAUGUAUCUAAUGUAGCUCAAUAACCACAUCCAAUUGCACCAUAAUUGUUCAUUAGAGUCGAAAGCUGAGAUGGCUUUACUGCUACUCUGCUAAGCUGGUAUCGUUAGCAGGAGUUCAUCUUCUAAUUUACUUAAAAGACAAUGAUAAUGUUUAAUAUAAUAGCUUUUUAUUUUUUUGUAAAUAACAGCUAGGGGAAAAACAAUAAGUAAAUUGAGUUUUAGCUUUAGCUAAGCAUAGCUGAGUCUCAGUAGCUAGCUAGAUGUUUUUAAUUUAUUUAUUUUCUUUUAGCUUUGACAUGAUAUCGCUCUCUUUCUUUAGCUGUCUAGUUGGAAACGGUUUAGUUUUUAGCUUUGCUUUGGAGAAACAUGAUGUUAAAAUCUGAAACCGAUAUCAACUCGUGACAAAAUUAAUGAAUUAUUGAUAUAAUAUAUAGUAUACAGAUUCAUAAUAUUAAUAUGUGCCCUGCCUUCGCCCAAUGUCGGCUGGGAUCGGCUCCAGUGCCCCGCGGCCUCAAAUAGGAUACGCGGUUCAGAUAAUGGAAUAGAAUUAAUAAUAUUAAUGAAUUAAUGCGUUUUUCCGUUGUUUCCCCCGGCUUCCAUCUUAAUGCUAAGCUAAGCUAACUAAAGAAAAGCCGAUGUGCAUUUUUCCCAAAACUAUUCCUUUUGAGAAACUUGAAAAUGCUCUGUAUUCUAUAAUAUCUGAAAAAUGCUUUGGUAUAUUCUCACUACACACAGCUGAAGGAACUGUGGACGGUCCUCGUUUACUCUGAACUAUGCACACCACAUCUCGAGCCAUAUUUAAAAGUCAAUGCUGUUGCCUUAAGUGCAGCGGGCUCUCUCCGCCCCGGGAGAGCUCCAGUCAGAGUAUCUUCGUAUUCACCGGCCUUUCAUUGGGGUCUCCGAGGAGGCCUGUACCCCACGCUGCUCUCUUGAAGCGGAGCAUCGGCCCGCUGAGCCACCUGGAGACCUGCUAAGAUGUACAGUGGACGACUUGUGCAUUUUAGAGCCGGGUCUGAAUUAUUAAGAGAGUGGAUGACUCAAUCUAAACUGCGCUUGCGCUGGAUGUCUCACCCCUUUGUGUGUGUGUGUGUGUGUGUUUUUUAUUUUGUAUCUUGCCUAUCAAGAAAUAAAUGCCUGAAAUCAAACAGAA